CUUCAGCUUGCAAGGGGUCAGGGGCACUUGAUUCAUUACUAUUAUUUUUUUUUAUAACAUCCAUCCAUCCAUGUAUAACAUUUACAGAUAGGCUAUUACAUGUAGGUGCCUAAUCUACAUACUCCACGCAAGAUGUAUUCUAUUGUACGGCUGUAAAACAGCCCACUCACUCUCUGGCCUCGGUUGUUUGUUUGUUAUCCUAUCUUAAACCAACAAUCACUAGACGAAGCCAUAGAUGUCCUCUUCGAAUCCCAGCUCGGCGACUACCGCCUUGCCAGGUCCCGCACGAGAUCCUCCACCGCCACCACAACCCGGUUUAACGCGCGCUGCGACUCUACCCAUCGAUUUGGCAUCACCGCGGUCUGCUCGUUCUCACUUAGCUCCAGAAGAUGCUUUCAAUACCGCGCUCCCCACCCGACGGCCAACGGGGUUCGAUACUAAUGGCCUCGGCGAGGUCCGCGCUGAGUCGCGGCCUCGGAAGAUGGGCUCGAAGCUCGGGAGUAGGAGUAGGAGUCGACGUCGGAGACGUAAUUGGAAGAAGCUACUUUGGGUAAAACAGUCCUACCCAGAUAACUACACCGACCAGGCCACCUUUCUCGAGAACCUUCAGCGUAAUCCGAGACUUCAGCCAUAUGAAUUCUGGCCCCUCGUAGCCGACUCGACCGUUAUCCUUCAACAAGUAUGCUCCGUUAUUAUAUUCGUUGUCAGCUUCGUCGGAAUAUUCCAAGAGCGCGUUUCCCCUGUUGCUGUGGUGGGCUGGGGCAGUUUUGCGACCUUUGUGGGAUGGCUAUUAUGGGACUGGUGGGUGGGCCAGGAAGAUGAGGACGAAGACCUUCAGAGACGCCAUAGUAACCGUAGCCGUUCAAUAAGAGAGCCGAAGAGAAGGGAUCGUUCCAAUGUUGCGGGAGGAGGUCCUCCAUCUGCUACAAGUUCCAUGGCGAAUCUAUCAGCAACGGAGCGAUCCUACCCGCAGGGGAAUCUAGUAGCCAUACGACAAUCACACUCUACUUCCGCUACCUCUCUCCAAUCUAGUACUUCGCAGGCUAGCAACAUGGAUCGAAGGUCUUCCGAAUCCCUCGAAGUGCCGAGCCACCGCCCGUCGUCCCCUCUACGUCAUGGACGAACUAAACUUCGUCUUAGUACGAUUAAAUCUGCCGUUCUCAUCUAUUUCACCCUUCUCGGGUUGUCACCUAUUCUAAAAUCUCUAACCCGCUCUACCUCGUCCGACAGUAUUUGGGCUAUGUCUUUUUGGUUACUGGCGAUGAAUAUUUUCUUUCACGAUUAUUCUACCGGUCCCGUCAAGUUCCCAGCCUCGCUCUCGACGAAUGCGGCGUUAAUGGCGUCCACGGUGCUGGCCUCUCGCCUUCCUUCUACAGGGCAAGUUUUCAGCCUCACACUAUUCAGUAUCGAGGUCUUUGGUUUAUUUCCCGUUUUCAGACGGUACGCCAGACAUAGAAGUUGGAAGUACCACGUCGCGUUGUCCGUAUUGCUUGUGACGGGCGCCGGUGGCGGUGUUGGCCUGAUUCUCGGUGGGGAAGAGGACGGCGUCUGGCCCUGGAGAAGUGGACUCUUAGGCGUAUUAGUAGCAGUCAUUAUCGCUGUCAUCGCCAUGGGCGGUUGCAGUUGGUGGCUUAUCGGGCUUCAGAAGUACAAAAAUGCAAUUAACGGACCCUGGGAUCAAGCAAGGCCAAUCAUUAUUAGCCGCAGGCUUUGGGAUGAUGAAUAGAAAUAUAACAAAAUUCAAGACUAACAAUAACGCGAUCUCACCAGUGUUCUAUUCUAUCUCCUUGAGGUUAUGGCGAAUUUCACAACUCAUAUAUACCGUUUAAAAGCGCAAGCCGUGGCCCCAGUACUUCGAAGUAUCUACCCAUCAUCUGCUUGAGCUACAAUUUGCUUACCAUAGGAGAUCUUGCCUUGAUCGAUGUUCACAUCCGACAAUGGGUAUGACGAGUGACCACCCAAACACCUAUUCUUUAGAACAUGCUGUGGCAGGUUACACCACUCGGUUAGCAAGUAAUCAUCAUUCAUUCAC